AUGGAGUUCACUAUUAAGAAAACUCAACUCAUGAUUGCUGGUGUUAUUCUUUAUUGCAAAUUCAUUGUUAUAAAAAAAAUCCGAUCUCUCCAAGUGGAUAAAGAGUAUCAGUAUACAGAAAAGUCUAAAGAUGUUUGGAUAUCUGUUUCUUCUGAGGAAGUGUUUUUAUUUAUUUAUUUUUUUAAUAUUGCAAGUAAGAUCCUGUUGUAUGUUGGUGACAGCGUGAUUGAGUUGCUGCCGAGGUCUGGUAAGUCGACCCACUCGGAGUUGGGACGUUACAGUGUGAAGACAUCGAGAGUCGCGCUCGCACGGAUACCAACAAACCGACAUGAAGAGAACGCUGUUGCUGUUAGCCCUCGUGGCCGGAUAGUUUUGGCAGAAGAGGAGGCGAAGGCGAAGGAAGAGGAAGGAGAAGCUAAGGAAGAAGGCAAAGAUGCAACAGUCCUAAACACGAUCGCAGGAGGCGCCCUUCCAGGAGUCUCCAUCGCGAACCCCUUGGACAAACUCAACCUCGCCAACCUCGGGAAUCUCGGCAACCUCGGGAAUCUCGGGAACCUCGGGAAUCUCGGUAAUCUCGGAAACCUGGGGAAUCUCGCAGGUUUGGGCAACCUAGCCGGCGGUCUUGCCGCUGGACUGGCCGGUCUCAAGGUCCUGAAGACCGUGCUCUUCGCCGCCCUGGUCGGACCCCUCGGCGCCCUGUUCGAGAUCGGCCUCCAGGUCGUCAUCCUCGUCGCCCUCAUCCUGCUCAUCAGUAACCUCAAGAAACAGCUGGGUGAUCUGACCGCGCUCUUCGAAGGCAAAUACGAAGACGAAGAUUACGGAUAUUAUCCCUCGGGUGGGUACGAGACGGGAGCUACCGGCGGAAGCAGUUAUGCGGCCACCGGCGGCCACACCGGGGACGGCUACUACAACAAGAGGUCCGCCGACGCGCCCUCCAUCAUGGACUCCCCUCUGGUGCAGAGACUGACCGCUCGCAUACACAACGCCAUCGAAAACUUCAAUUAUUAGAUUGUCUUCAUCUGCCCCUUCUUUUCACUCCGUCAUUUUUCCCUCGGAUCUCUAUCUCUCUUCUACGAGUUUCUAACAUUCCCUCCUUAUUAAUCUGGAAAACUGGAAACGCUAAGUAAUUCCAGGGUCAUGGUUGCUCAUCUCCAGGGGAGUUGUAAUCUCGCCACUUCCUGCUCGUCCACUCGGCCGGAUGAAUGCCCCUCCUCCUCCUCCCGUCGUUAUUUAUAGAUGACAUUAGGUUAAAUACUCAAUCACUCGAGUGGUGUUUCGCAAAACUCAGCUUGGUUGGGCUUCAUUGUUGAUGAAAUAGGAGUCGCUGGAUCGAUUCUUUGAUUUCAAAGUUGUUUUAUAAAUUAUUAUUUGUUAUGUAUCUGGUACACUGUAACCCAAUUUUUGUUUUUUUGUUUUUGUUUUUUUGUUUUCGUUUUUGUCUUCUCCUCACCUUUAUAACAUACUAAUGUUUGAUAAGAGACUCCCGACUGACACUAUUGCAUAGAAAACGGGACUGUCAACACAGCGUAAGCUCCGCCCCCUUUCCGCGCCUACCCCCUCUGAAAAAACUCCCGGAACCCCUCCCCCACUACUCAAUUACUGGAAUGACCUGGACUUCGUAACAGUUACCACUUUGCCCCAUCAACUAUGCGACCUUUGACCCAAUAACCUGGAGACACAGAAAUCUACAACGAUAAUAUUUUGACCUAACAUAGUACAAGACCUCACACCUUCAAUCACUUGCCUCAUCCAACUUUGGAUCAGUCGUCAUCCUCAGCAUCGCUUUAUCACGCCGCAAUUUGUGCAUUAGAGCGCCAGUUGAACGAGUCAAUCGUUAUGUAAAUAAGAAAGACUCUCGUUUGAACGGGAUUUAAGAUAAAAAGAAAAGGUAUAUUGUCGCCAUUUCCCUCCAGCUCUCUGCGGAAGACGACAUUGGUAAACGCUAAAACUGCGAUAUUAGACUUUUAAGACGGACAUUAUAUUAUUCUUUGCUUUUCAUCGAGUCCGUGAAUCAUUUCAUGAAUUUAUCACAUUUCAUCCACAUCGUUACAGCCGCGGUAACUUAAAACACGACAGCUCCCUUAAUAUGCUAAACUAACGCUCUUGACCGGUUAUUAAUUAGCUGAAAUUCGCGACGUUAAUCGUUAAUUUUAUAAUGACGUUCUCCGACGUCAUUUGCUUAAGUGCAGCUUGUCGUAUUCUGGAUCCUCCGCGACGGUAACGGCUCACGCCCCUCGGACUUUGAUAGUAGACGUGCCAGAGACAGUUUCUUGUAAUCACCUUCUCUAUUAAUACGCUUACAUGAACCACGAUUUAGUUCCACUAACCUCAAAGAAGGACCAAAGAACCACCGACGACGUUAAGAAAGGACCCCUAACAACGCUAUCUCCCCGCCCCCCCCUCGGACUCAGAGACUUGCAGAACCUAGAAACAAUUAUUAUAAACUACUCUCUCUCUCUCUCUCUCUCUCUCUCUCUCUCUUCUCUCCAAGUCUUCAGCUUUCCUUCGUGACGCUUUUCUAAAAGAAGAAGCUACGCGCCUCGUGAGAUGAAAAGACUUGUGACGUCGACGCCAACAGUUGCCAAUGAAAAACAGUUUUCCCUUUGUCAUAAGGCUUCAGUGAUAAAGGGAAAGCUAGUCACGGCACGGACAAAGUACGGCUGAUGGUCCGUAUUCAGACAUUUUGUAACUUAAGACAUGGAUACUUAUAAAUACUAGUGACAUACUUGUACAGCUGUAGUUUGUAAGUGUUUAGGUAUAAGAUGUGUGUAUUUUAUUUUCCUGACGUGUAUAAAGUAAGCCUGCAGCAGUGCUGACUGUAAAUGGACUGUGUUAUUAAUUUAUUCUAUUUAUUUUUGUAUCAUGUUCCGUGUAUGAAAUAUAUGCAUAAAAGAGCUCAA